AUGGGAAACGAGAUCAGCAAAUGGCACCAAGCUAUAAGGGAAAGAAGAAAACAGAAAAGAGGUACGCAAGAUGUCAACAGUAACACCAAGAAAACAGUACAUGAGAAUGGACAUGUAACAAAACCAUCUCCACCGCCAGUGAGCCUCAAACCACUUCUAGUUCUGCCAAACACUAAAGUUAAAGUGAGAGCUCUCUACCCAUUUCCUGGAGUCAGUGAUGAUGACUUACCCUUCAACAAGGGUGAUCUUCUCGAAGUGGAUCAAUCUGUAUUAACUGGAAACGAUGGAUGGUGGCUUGCAACUCAUGUAAAAAAUGGCAGUAGUGGAUACAUUCCAUAUAAUUAUGUUGUUAAAGCCGAUGCUACUCCACAGACCCAAGACUGGUUCUUUGAAUUUGAUCGACAUGAUGCAGAUAAGAUUUUACUUUUGCCUGGAAAUAAAAAAGGAACUUUUCUGAUAAGGAAAGCAGGAGAUGGAGGAUCAUAUGUUUUGUCAGUCCUGGAUAUUGAUAGUACCAGUGACCUGUCAGUGAAACACUACCGUAUCAAGCCUCUAGAUGAUGAUAGUGGAUUCUACAUUAGUCCAACAAAGACUUUCAAAGACAUGUUUGAGUUGAUUGACUACUAUAAAGACAAAAAUGCCACUGGCCUGUGCUGUCCAUUAACUGUCCCCUGUCCCCGCUUGCGACCAUCUCUGCAGUUCAGAGAGUUGGAAGUCAGUAGAGAUGCUGUGAAACUGAGCACCAAGUUAGGAGGAGGAUGCUUUGGUGAAGUGUGGAAAGGGAAGUUCCGGAAAGUUGUGGAUGUAGCAGUGAAAACACUGAAGCCGGGCACCAUGACAUCAGAAGCUUUCUUGGAGGAGGCAAAAAUCAUGCAUAAAUUAACGCAUCAUAGGCUUGUGCAGUUAAUGGCUGUCGUAUCAAGCUCAGAGCCAUUCUACAUCAUCACUGAACUUAUGCCAAAGGGGGCACUGCUUGAAUUUUUGCGUUCAGAACAAGGGAAGAAACUCAAAUUUAGUCAGCUUAUAGAUAUGAAUGCACAGAUCGCUGAAGGCAUGGCAUACUUGGAGUCUAAAAACUAUAUCCAUCGAGAUCUGAGGGCAGCAAAUAUUUUGGUAGGAGAGCGUUAUGAUGUCAAGGUUGCAGAUUUUGGUUUGGCCAGAAUUCUAGAGUCAGAGAUUUAUAAAGCUGAACUGAAUUCUAGAUUUCCGGUAAAAUGGACAGCCCCAGAGGCAGCACAUUUCAGAAAAUUCAGUAUUAAAUCAGACGUGUGGUCUUUUGGUGUUCUCAUGUAUGAGAUCAUCACAUUUGGCAAGGUCCCAUACCCAGGCCAAACUGGACAGGAUGUCCUGAAAAUGGUGGAGAGAGGAGGAAGAAUGAACAGGCCGACAGGGGGACCCAUAGAAGUGUCAGAUUCUUACUACAGCAUGAUGUUAAAAUGUUGGAACCAGAAACCAGAAGAUAGGCCAACUUUUGAAACUAUUUUUGACUAUUUUGAUAACUAUUUCAUACAUGUGGAACCAAACUAUCGAGAAGUGGGCGAUUGA